UCUCGAAGAAAAUUCCAAAUGUUCGAUUGGUCUGGUAAGAGUGUUGUAUAUGUUGGUGCCUUCAGUGGCAUUGGCUUUCAAGUGUGCCAAAUUUUAAUGCGGAAACCAUUGAAGAAUAUGGUUGUUUGCAGUCGCAUGGAAAAUGUGGAAAUGCUGAAGAAACUUCAAGCCAUAAAUACAGACAUACGGGUUUCUUUCGUCCAAAUGAAUCUUACGGAUAAUUCAAGCAUCCAACAUGCUGUCAAUAGCAUUGCCCCAAUAGUUGGACAUGUUGAUGUUCUAAUCAAUGGAGUUGGUGUUUUGGCUGACAAGGACGUUGAGACGACAAUUAACGUUAAUUUGACUGGCUUGAUCAAUACGACACUCAUGAUGAUGCCUUGGAUGGAUAAAACUCAACAUGGCCGAGGUGGUAUGGUAGUGAAUAUUGCUUCGGUUUAUGGACUAGAGCCCGGACCAGCUUUUAGUGUUUACUCAGCCGCGAAGCAUGGAGUGGUCGGAUUUACUAAAUCAAUGGCUGACGAACAUUUAUACUCCAAGACAGGCGUGGCUUUUAUCUGCAUUUGUCCUGGUAUGACUUCAACGGAAUUAAUGAUGAAUAAGCGUGACAUGAACUGGAUGAAAUGGGUGCCGCAUACGGACACCAUUUGGAAUACUGUUGUGGAUGCUAAAAUGCAAACUCCUGAAGAUUGUGCAGUAAACAUGGUAAAUGCAAUGGAGCAAGGGAAAAAUGCAGGCAUGUACAUUUGCAGUAUGGGUGGAGUUAAAGAAGUUGUACCACCUGUUCAUUGGAAAAUGUAA